ACAAGGUCACGUAGUUCCCAGAAGCAGUACCCGACCGUCUCGACCAGCCGUUCCUUCCCCCUCACCUCGCCCUCACCGUCGCUUUCCGGCGCCAAAGAAAACGUUCCGCUGUAACGCCUCCUUCGUCGAGUGAUUCCGAAGCCCACCGAGAGCGGCAUUUUCACGCCAUUUCAGUGUACAGGGUAACCAUGGCUUUUUCGGGCGUGGUAGCGUAUGGAAUGCUAGUCGUCCUGCUCGCUGCCUUCUCUUGCUGCACGGCCGGCCCUGGACGCUUGGUGGGUGGAUGGAAAAAGCACAGUGUUAAUGAGAAACCGGUGUUCGAGGAGUUGGCGCACUACGCCAUAUCCCAACAGGUCGGCGGCCGAGAGUACUUCGACACCGUACUCGAGCUCGUCGACGUCGACACGCAGCUCGUGGCCGGCACAAACUACCGAAUCAAGUUCAAAGUAGCUGAGUCGACCUGCAGAGUGACAGAAUCUUACACCCGGGAGGCCUGCCUUCCAAAGUCUCGAGAGUCGGUGAAGGACGUCUGUACCGCCGUCAUCUAUGAAGUGCCUUGGCUCAACGAACGUUCGAUCACCUCAUUCACGUGUGAAGGCACAAGCACUUCCAAAUAGAGAGGAAAAUGCGUCAACGAUUUUCAGGUGUCAACUAAUACUCAAAUUUUGUGAUUUAUUUUCUACUGUUUACAUUGAAGCCAGAAAUAAAGCCAGUAACC